AUGAACAUGAAGACUCCAGAAACAAUCAAAGCAUCUCGAUCUAAUUGUUCAAAUUCCACAAUUUUUUAUUCUGCUGCUGAGAAAAUAGAUUUCCGAAAUCCAAAACAAAUGCUAUUAUUUAAGGCCAAAUUAGCUCAUUAAAUCAUUAAAAAGUGA